AGCCUGGGUUCAAGUGCUGAUCAUGGAGGCCGAGUCCAAGGAGUCCUCAGAGAUUUCUCGGACCCGGAAGAGUCGCAUCCGCCAGUCCUGGUCGGUGGCGGCGGCCACGUACGUGGGCUGCUGCUUCACCGAGAUGGAGUCCGACCGCUCGCUGCGGCGCCGCCUCGACCGGGGCACCGGUUCUUUGAGCUCCGGCGCCGUGGCCUCCGGCGCCAUGGUGCCGGCUGGCGGGGCCACCGCCGCGGCCCCGGCCCCGGGCUUCACUGGGCGGUGCCUCCGCGCCUUGUCCUGGAUGGGCCUGCCUUGGGUCUGCCAACGCAACUCCGUGGCCAGACACGCUGAGCCAGCUGCAGUGGAGAAUUGUCCGCCACCGGUGCUCUACACGCAGCGCUGGGUGCAGCUCGCCUUCUUGGCCCUGUUAGCCUUGGUCAGUGACCUGGUGUGUUUCAGUGUGGCUGCCACGCCAGCGACAUGGACCAAGGUCUUCGGGCAGGAUCCCGCAUCACUGAUUGACAUCUUCCUGUUCACCAAUGUCUUUGCAUGCUUUUUAGAGCCCUACGUGAUUCGGAAGUUCGGCCUGCGAAUCCCCAUCGUAGGUGCCGCAGUGCUCAUGGCUGUGGGCUGUUGGCUUCGCUCCGGCAUUCCCUUCUCGGGCGAGGAGCUGCCAGGAUACAGCACCGUGGUGGCCGGCACCAUGCUGGUGGCAGUGGCUCAGCCAUUCUUCCAGUGCACUCCACCCUUGCUUUCCGCGACCUGGUUUGCGCCGGAUGAGAGGGCAUUGUCCACAGCAGUGGCCAUCAACUUCAACCAAGUGGGGAUUGCAACCGCCUUCGUUGCUGGCGGGGCCUUUGGCGGGUCUGAAGCUGGCCUGAAGGCAUACUUUGUGAUCAUCACCCUUGCGUCGACGGUCAUUGCGAUAGCCUCUAUGCUUUUCUUCCAGGAGAGGCCACCUACUCCACCGUCCGCAUCCGAGCUGGAGAAAAUGCUUGCAGCAAAGCAGUCUGGCACUUUGAAGUCGAAGGAUGCCAAGGAGAAGAAGAAAGACGUGCCAGCGGACACCUUCUUGAGAGAGGCUCGGCGGCUGGUGGCCACCCCCGGCUUCAUGCCACCACUGGCGGCUUUCGUGACCUCCAUCGCUGUGACCAACGUAGUGGGCGCCUUCAUGGACCUCAAGUUGCAGCGCGCGGGGUUCAACGACCAGAUGGAGGUGGACCUGGCGGGCGCCGGCUUCGAGAUUGCCAUUGUGAUUGGUGGCAUCAUUCUAGGCGGUUUAGUAGACCGGAACAAGGAGUACAAGUCUGUGACUUUGUGGUGCCUGGGUGCGACGCUCCUGGGCGUGCUCCUGCUUGGGAUGGAGUCGAUGCCAAGGAGUCCGGAGUGUCUGCCCUCAGCUGAGCCACACACACAAUCACACACAAUCACACACAAUCACACACAAUCACGCACAAUCACACACAAUCACGCACAAUCGCCCACAAUCACACACAAUCACACACAAUCACACACAAUCACACACAAUCACGCACAAUCACACACAAUCACACACAAUCGUUAA